AUGGCAGGACACUCCUGGCCAUGACUUGUAAUUUCGCUUCCUACGUCUCAUUUUUCAUAUUUCAACGCUUUGAGUGCCAUUUGGCAAAGCAAACUGGAAACGGCAACGGCGACUGGCCAACAAGGGGGAAGGAUUGGAAUGAGUGAGUGUGGGACAUGUUCUUGUGCCAACAGACAAACCUCAAAGUGGGUUCUGGAAGGGAGCUUCGAGCUAAAGAUUUUGACCGCCAUAAGCAGGGUCAGUUCUUUAAAGAAUGGUUGUUGUCAAGCAUCAGUCACCUUUUGGCAAGCAUUAUUUGCCUUUCUGAACUUAUCUUAA